AUGCGUUGCGUAAAACGACUUCUGCAUUCCGUGACAGAAUUUGUGAAUGUUGCUCUCGUAUCCUUCACGUACCUCCGCGAUUCUUCAGAAAUCUUGAAAGGAUUUCGUUUGUUCCGUGCCUCAAAUGCGAAGGCGAUGAGCUUGUCAUAUUCGAUUCUGCGUCGGGCGAUUGGCCAGAGCCGAUACGCAGUGUCGCGAUGUCGUCGCCAGUUCUCGAGCGGUUACGACGGUGACGGGAAGACGACGGUGUCGAUUCUGAACCGGGAGUCAGAUGCCGGACUCAUGGUGGACUCGUACAGUCAAGUGGGAUUCGAGCUCAACUCUGGAGUCGUCGUGUUGGGUUCCAUGGCGCUGUUUCCGCGAUCUGUGUUGUCGUGGAAUGUGUGGACCCCGGAAGAUAUCCGCAAGGAAACGCUCAGUUUGUUUUUCAUGCUGGCACCGAAACUGGAUUUGCUCGUGUUUGGCGUUGGAGAUGCUUCCAAUGUGCGCGUGUGUCAUUCGAGGAUCAUGGAGGUGAUGAGAGAACACCGAGUUGGAGCAGAAAUCUUGCCGACUGCGGAAGCCGUGUCCACGUUCAACUUCCUCAAUGCUGAAGGUCGUUCAGUGGCCGCGGCUUUGAUACCUCCGACGAGACGGCUCGUGAUCUUCGUCGCAAGCGAUUCAAGUGUGACGCGACUGUGUCGUACUCUUCAGCUGUUGGUCGUGGCUGCUGUCGAUAAAGCUCAUGACCUUACGCCUUUUCGCUUCAUUCCAAAUCGCAUAUGUGAACAAUUGACAGCCGUCAGGAUAUGUGAGGCGUUGCUUCUGGGCAGUUCUUUUUGGGGACUACGUGUGACCAACAGAUUACCCAUGGAAUCUGGCGGAGCGGUUCAUUCGGUGUUGGACUGUGAAACGGAUAUUUGGCACAAGUUCGCGCUGGCCAAGAUGGGGAGCAGCUCGUGGAUUGCUUGUGUUGUGGUGUUGGCCGCACUUGCGGCCGGUGUAUUUGCAGCAUUGCCUUCUUCCGUCAACAGGUUGGACGAGGCGUUUGAAUUCAGUUGCCCGCCUGGAGAGGCCAUCUAUCACGUUGAGAGCGAAUUUUUCCGGCGAAUGAAUGACCGGAUGUGGAGCUUCAGGUGCAGAAAGACGCCUUUUGGCAAGGCUGGAUCAAGUUGUGAUGAUGCACAGCCAUCCUAUGUGAACCAAUACGAUGGUCCUGUUGAUUUUAUGUGUCCUGAUACAGGGGUUUUAGUUGGAGUAUCCAGCAAACAUGACAACCGACAUGAAGAUAGAAUGUGGUCCUUUCACUGCUGUGGUCACAUAAACUAUUGUCGUCAUAACUGCACGUUGAAGACUGAUCUGAACGUUCAGAGAGGUGCUAUAAACUUCACUUUGGAAGACGGUAUUUUCAUCGUGGGAGUAUUCAGUCGCCACAACAAUCGUUACGAGUAUGACAAGUACUAUCGAAAAAUCUCAAGAACUGUCCUCAUCCAAAUUUUUCACUUUUUCCAGGGAUCGUCGUUGGAGCAUCGAGGUCUGUCGCAUCGAGCCGUGCGGCAUGUGAAUCUACGUCAUCUACGUCCUGUUUGA